AUGCCAAUCCAAAUCGUCCCACUCCAACAAAAAGACAUCCCAGGCGUCGUGGAAUGUAUCCAGGAAGGCUUUGCCGACGAUCCGUACCAUCUCUGGGUUUUUGACGGCUCAAAGUUCAAUAAAGAGAGAAACAAAUCUUCUCUCACUGCCCGCUGUCUAUGGGGGAUCAAUAAUGCCUUGUUCUAUGUCGCCAAGGAGGUCGCCGACAACACCGACCAACAAGACGGUGGCCAAGAUGCAGAGGGCAGGGUUGUGGGUGUAUCAUGCUGGCUUGCACCGCAMCCUGCCGCAACGCAAACCCAAGCUCAGAGCUGGUAUGCAUGGUACCAACUCCAACUUUUGUCUCUGCGCCAACUCCUCACAAAUAUCCGUUUUGGGGGACGGGGCGGCCUAAUUACGAAACGCUACUGGAUCUGGAAAGCCGAGCAAACAGCCGCACAGCAGGAAAUAUGGACUGAUAAAGAGAAAGGAUACUAUUUUUGUAAUAUGGUUACGGUGAGGCCUGAUGCUCAGGGCCAGGGCAUUGGGAGACGAUUGUUUGAAGUGGUGAUGGAUAGAGCGGAUAGGGAAGGAGUGAAGUGUUACUUGGAGAGUUCGAAGGGGGAGCCGAAUGUGAAGAUCUAUGAGAAGUUGGGGUUUGGGUUGGUGAAGGAGAUUGAUUGUGUGGAUGGGGGGGAUGUUUGUCGGCUCCCCACGGAGGAUGAGAAAUACACGACCGAUACCACAAUCAUGAAGAAAACACUCUUGCUCGUUUUCAUCCACGGCUUUAGGGGCGGCAGUGAUACAUUUCUCAAAUUCCCAGACCAACUCACCGCGCUGGUCAGACAUGCGCUCCCCAAUAUAUCCGUCCAAUACGUGACGUACCCCAAGUUUGAGACCAGAGGCGAUUUGAAAGAAUGCGUGGGCAGGUUCCGCGAAUGGCUACAGAACAAAGUAAUAGACAUCGAAGUCUCAAACUCCACUCCCUCUCCCACCAUCGAUCCCUCCGUGCACGUAAUCCUCAUCGGCCACUCCAUGGGCGGCAUCGUCGGCGCCGAAACUCUGCUGCUGCUUGCCUCGGAACAACCCAUCCCUUCAUUAUCGGCAUCACAGAUGCGUGACUCCGCAGGCGAGUCACCAUUUUUCAUGUUUCCGCACGUCCAAGGAUUGAUGGCGUUCGAUACACCGUUUCUGGGCAUUGCACCGGGCGUGGUGUCGCAUGGAGCGCAGGAGCAUUAUCGGACUGCGUCGACGGCGUAUAAUACGUUUAAUGAGGUGGCGGGGAUAUUUAGGUAUAGUGGGGGGAAUAAAGCUGCUACUGCGGGCACGACGACGACGUCAACAACAGCUACUUCAGCUGCUGGAUCAGUUGGAGCGAAGUCUGCGAUGUUACCCCUCCCGCCCGCAACAACAGACGCAGCCGCCGACGCCGCGGCGACACCAUCAUGGUCGCGAUGGGGUAAAAUGGCCAUGUUCGCCGGCGCAGCGGGCGCUGUCGCUGCCGGUGGUGCGGCGGCACUAUACUCGCAACGCGAUCGGUUCAAUGAAGGAUUGCGAUGGGUUACGUCUCAUCUCGAGUUUGUGGGUUGUCUUGCGCGACCAGGGGAUUUACGGAAUCGCGUAGCUUCGCUAGCGGAUAUCCAGCAGGAGAGGGGCAUAAGGGCGAUUAAUUUCUAUACGUGUUUGGGUCAGGGUGCUGCGCCGAGGAGUGUUGAUUCUGGUACUACCACCGAUAAUGCGGCGAGAUCGCAAACUUCAUCUCUAUUCCUGCGUAUCCCCCGUGCUAAGGACCGCACGUUUUGUCAUCUUCCUGAAGACUUUGAUGUCAAUGACCACGUUUUAGCGGGGGACGGCACAUCAGAUCAUCCAGGGCUCAAGUGGGUUCUUGCGCUGAAUGACAAGGUUGCUGACGAGACGACGGCGCAUAUAAGCAUGUUUGGGCCGAGGGAGAAUCCAAAGUAUUACAUGUUGGCCCAUGAGGCGGCAGAUACGAUUGUGAGGUGGAUUGAUCAGGGGUGGUAUGCUAGUGCUACUACCGAUGGACCUGAGGGGGAGGAGCAAACAUUAAAGGAGACGGAGGAAAAAGAGGGGAGAGGGAAGGGCAAGGAUGACAAGGAUGAUUUUAUUGUUUUAUAG